GCUUACGUGACGCGCCGCCCCGCCCGCUCUGCCCGCUGCUGCCGCCGCCGCCGCUGCAGCCGCCCAGGGGACCCCGCUCGGCAGGCGGCCGAGCUGCGCUGAGCCGAGCAGAACCCAGCCGAGCCCAGCGCCGGGGGCGCCGCGCCGCCCGUGACUCUUACGACUACGUGAGCAGCAGCCAGUAGCAUGUCAUCUGGGCUUUGACUCUCAUAGUCAUAGUGAGCUUCUAACCUGAAGAACCGAGUUCUCUGGGUAGGAAGGCAGUUUCAGGAACAAGAGGUGCCCAUCAGGAUUUCAUCUGGUUUAUGUGAGCUGCAACAGGAGGCCAGGAGAGUGCUUGGAUAAGUCCUUUGGAUAAGCAGAACAGAAGCCAGGCAUAUCAUUCAGUAACUAGGUGCGAUGCGUUUGAUAAGAUACCAGUGGGUGGUGGGGGAAAAGAAAGAAGAAGAAUGCCAAUGUGAAUAUGAAGUGAACCAUUUCUUGCACUUUUCACGGUGCCUGGGUGCUCACAUCCGAUGGUUAGAGACAGAGACUUGUCUCUUGCCAAACUGCUUCCUCGGACAAGAUGAAGCCAAGGAAGAGCUUUCUGAUGCACUGGAGUCACAGUGACUGCUGCCCAAUUUAAAAAUCAAUGUGAGACUGCGUUCCAGCUGCCUGGCGAGAUGAAAGAAGUGGUGUUGUGGUCACCCGAAGAGGUGACAAAUUGGCUAACAGAAAAUGCUGUGCCAGAAUAUUGUGAGCCGUUGAAGAGCUUCACUGGGCAGGAUUUGAUCAACCUGACGGAGGAGGAUUUCAAGAAGACACCUCUUUCCCGGGUGUCUUCCGACAGUGGACAGCGGCUAUUGCACAUGAUUGAGACCUUAAAAAUGGCUCAUCACAUUGAGGCUCACAAAAAUGGGCACAUCAAUGGGCACAUCCGCAUCAGCAUGAGCAACACCACACAUGAAAAUGGCUUUAGUAGUAAAAUGAAGCUGAAUGGGGUGCCAAAUGGGUAUAAGAAGGAGAUGAUAAAGAUCCCCAUGCCAGAGCCAGAGCGCUCACAGUAUCCCAUGGAAUGGGGGAAGACUUUCCUGGCUUUUAUUUAUGCACUUUUUUGUUUCAUCUUUACCACAGUGACUAUCUCAGUUGUUCAUGAAAGAGUGCCUCCCAAGGAGGUGCAGCCUCCCCUACCAGAUGCAUUUUUUGAUCGUUUUGAUCGGGUGCAAUGGGCCUUUUCUAUUUGUGAAAUUAACGGCAUGAUCCUUGUAGGACUGUGGUUUGUUCAGUGGCUGCUGUUAAAAUACAAGUCUAUAAUUAGCAGAAGAUUUUUCUGUAUAGUUGGCACACUAUAUUUGUAUCGGUGUAUUACAAUGUAUGUAACUACACUCCCAGUACCUGGCAUGCAUUUCAAGUGUUCUCCAAAGCUUUUUGGAGACUGGGAAUCUCAUCUGCGAAGGAUAAUGAAACUGAUUGCUGGUGGAGGAUUGUCCAUCACAGGAUCCCACAACAUGUGCGGCGACUAUCUGUACAGUGGUCACACCGUCAUAUUAACUCUUACAUACUUAUUUAUCAAAGAGUAUUCCCCACGGCGACUCUGGUGGUAUCACUGGCUUUGCUGGACGCUCAGCAUGGUUGGGAUGUUCUGCAUCCUCCUUGCUCAUGACCACUACACUGUGGACGUGGUGGUGGCUUACUACAUCACUACAAGACUUUUCUGGUGGUAUCACACGAUGGCCAACCAGCAAGUGCUAAAAGAAGCUUCCCAAACCAACCUCCUUGCAAGGGUCUGGUGGUACAAGCCCUUCCAGUACUUCGAAAAGAAUGUCCAGGGAAUUGUACCUCGCUCCUACCACUGGCCCUUCCCCUGGCCGGUGCUGCAUCGAGGCAGGCAGGUGAAAUACAGCCGACUGGUGAAUGACACAUAACAGUGUGUUGAUGGACAAAAUGGGGGGGAAAAAGACCUGUCCCAAGUGCUAAGAACUCCAUACAAGAAGAUGCCAUAAAAAAAAAAAAAAAAUCAACCCCUCCCUAACCCUUUAUUUUAACAGUUACCUUGACUUAAUCUAUUCAGUUACCUGGUAAGCACUGUGAUCUUUUUUUCUCUCCAAAGGAUCUGCGUUGGACAACAAUAAAGAAAAUUUAACUUAUCAUGCACUGUUAUACAUUUCUUGUUAAUAGAUUUGGGAUUUUCAUUACCCAUCACCAUGUUCCUUUGUAUAUGAUGCGAGAGCAUAAAUGAAAUCUUUUCUAUCAUAAGUUCUGGUCUUUCCAGUCACGUCUGGGAAUAAUGCAUAUUAUUUUCUUGGGAAAACAUACUUUUCAUAUCUCUUGCCCCAAAGAUUGGGCUGUAAGCCAUUUUCUAGCAAAUGACUAUAUGAAGGUUUCUGAAUACCUGCCUUGGGGUAAAAUCAAGAAAUCCUUCUACCUGUUGCACCGUGAUACAAAUAAGAUGAUAGACACAGGAAGGUUUGGUAAUCUUGAUUUUGUAGAAUCUGCAGUGACUGUGUCAAAAAGUGUGCAAAAAAAAGUUGUAAAGCGAUUUUCUAAGUAUUUCCUAACUUUAUUUUUCAAAAUGUGUAUGAAAAUUAAAUUUAAAAAGAUUUUUACAUGUCAGAGAAUAGAGAGUUAAAAUUUAAAGAAACUGCUUCUUGGGAGAGAGAGAUUUGUCUAUGUUUCUAGUGCCUUUCUUGUCUUGAUUGUAUGGUUAGUAGGCAGUCUUAAAUGUUUUUAUUUAAAAUAAAGUAUUCCAUGAAAGCAGAAUUAUAUAUACUGUAUAAUUACUAAUUUUUGCAUUUAUAGCUAAAUUAAACUGGAAAUUUGCUUAUAAUGUUGAAAUUGCCAUGUCUAGGGAAAAACCAAAUAAAAAGGGUCAGAUCUUGUUCACACAUUGUGGGCAGAUCAUAUUAAAUAUAUCACUUUAUUGUCUACUUGGUAGCUGUAUUUUAAAAAGAAAACAGCCAUGAAUUCCUGUUUUUUAAGAAUUUUACAAAUGAUCACUGAGUGAACUAGGAGUAGUUUCUCCAUCCCGUAUUGAGAUGUUGUUGAAAAACAACAAAGAUAUUCUAUUUCUUUAAAAUAUUUGUGCAGAAACUGCAUGUAAUUAUAAGUUUCACUCCUACCAUACAUACUGUAUGUCUGGGGAAGUAUUCUAUCCUAAUCUUGCCAAUGUGCAGAACAAAAUAGUUUUUUUUUAAGAAUGAUGAAGAGAAAAUAUAUAUAUAAAUAUAUAUAUAUAUCCAUUCUGUAUUUUACGUGAAGCAGAGUUAUCUUCUGUAGGGUUUUUGUGUAUUCACAAGGUGAUAUUUGUAUUGUAAAACAACAAUGGUGAAGGAAAAUAAAAAGGCUUUUGAAAAAUGUAGUUUCCUUUAUCUUCUUAAUAUUAAUUUUAAAUUUAAAGUUGGGUUUAUUCUUCUUAACUUUGCCUUUAAUUUUACAUGUUAUUGCAUUGUAGGCCAUCAAAUUUAGACUGUAUGGAAACUGCAUUGAUUUUUGAAUUGCUGUUCACCUUUGGCAAUCAGUGCCUUAUCUGAAGUAAAUGCUAUGCAAUAGAUUCUGAUCGUUUGGGAGCUGGGAGCAGAUCUGAGAAGCCUUCCUUGGAACCAUCACCAGGGCUUGAAAAAUCUACCCCAAAACUGCUGGGAUGGAGCAUAUUGCAGGGUAAACACCCGUAACCCCAGGAGCUACCAAUCUUGUUGCUUAAACUAGAAAAAAAAAAAAAGUCGAAUUUCUGUGAGUACAUUAUGGUGAAAUUGGUGAAAGUGUCACUUUUUUAUUUUUUGAUGAUUUCUCUCUACUUCUCUGCCCUGUUUCUCAUCCUCAGCCUAAGACCGCCUUGAAGAAUCAAUCCCAUGUUCUGCUGCUUUGCCUUGCUGUUGCUUGGGAUGCUAGACAAGACUAACCCAUUUCUUAUCACUUCGCCCUGAGAGGGAUUUCCUCAUGUCCCACAUUCCUUUGCAAAACCCUUUGCAACAGCAUUUGCAGAGCUAUCUGCGAAUUUCAGGGAUAGCUCCGCGUGCUUGGCCUUGAGUUGAGAGUUAUUAUCUUUGCAACUAUGUGGUUGAAAGCUGAGUUUAAAAAAGCCAACUCAUCCAAAGAUGAUUGCUUGAGAGACUUCACACUCCCAGACGUAAAUGAAUGAGUAGAUUUUUCAAGACCUGGCGUCACGCACAUCAAAACCAUUGACAUAAGUAAAUGUAUGGAUAUAUGCACAUGACAUUAAAUGGAAUCUGCUGAA